GUGUUGUAGAGACGUCGUUUAGUUUUCAAAAAUGCGAUAAGAUGUGUGUAUAUUUUAAUCGAUCAUAAGUGUGGGAAGAGUACCAUUCUGAAACAUCCAUAAAGUUUGUUUAUACUAACUUAUUAACAAAAAAUGAUUUAUGAUAUCCUAUUUAGGAUUUGGCAUCAGCCGGGAAAAACUCUUGAUAGGUCUGAUUGGACACAUCUUCUAGAACUUGAGGAAUUUACACAUCCUGGUGAAGAACAAAUGUUAUUGAACUUAAUGGACCUAGCCUUGGACUACUAUAAAAUAGAAGCAUUUAACAAUAAUGUCUUGGCUACUAAAUUAAAUUCUGGUGACUCUACUAGUAGUCUUACCUUAGGGGCCUAUGUACGAGGAUUUUGUUUGGGAACUCAUAAAAUGUUAGAUGAGUAUAAACAGGAAAUUUUAAAGUUGGAAAGGAAAUUUAUAGAAAAUCCAUGGCUUUCUUUAAGUUAUAUUACACAUGUAUUAGAGAAAUUUAGAGAUUUAUUUUCAAUGAUAAAGAGUAUGCUUCAGUUGAUACAAGAUGAAAAUAUUCAUGGAUGUUUACUUUUUAACAGACUUCAUAAGUAUGUAAAUGGUACUAAGCAACAAGUUACAAAUGCUAGCAUAAUCAUUCGUUCAAUCAAUAAGGUUUUCUACCGUCAUCUUUGCAAUUGGGUCAUUUUUGGCGAUUUAUCUGAUACCUGUGAUGAAUUUUUUAUUUGUGAUGGUAUAACUGCAGAUGAGAAUUUCCAAUAUUCAAAGCAAAUUGCUGCUUUUCAUCAUGGAAAGGGAUCGGAUCAUAGCUUGACCGACAUUUCAAGUUCUAUAAGGAAACUAAGACAUCCACCAGUCGUACGGAAAUUUUUUAUAAAUUCGGAUAUGUUGCCAGUAUUUGUUGACAAAGAGACAUCAGAAUGUAUAUUGUUCAUGGGCCGGAUAGUAUGGAUUAUAAAAAAUGAUCCGAAGAUCGCUAUCAAAAAUCACUAUAAAUCACUAAAUGCUACCAGAGACAUCUGGGAAGGAAACGGUGCGGAUUAUUAUAAACAAAUAGAAGCACUUGAAUCAGAGGUAUUUAAUAAAGCCUCAUUCGACGAAAGAAUCGAGGAGUGUCGUAUUAAGUUAAACAUGUAUCUCUGGUCAAUUUUGUUAAAUGAGGGUAAUCUUGUGGCACAUUUACAAUUAAUUAGAGAUUACGUUGCAUUGGGCAGAGCAGAGUUGUUCCAACAGCUUAUAACUGUGUCAGAAAGUUACAUUAAUGAGUGGACCACUAGUUCUGAAACAACUGUGUUGCACAACUUGAACUCAACAUUUUCAGAAAUCGCUAGAAAGAUUUACGGUGAUAAUGAAAAAUCACAUUUAAAAUUUUUACUUACGACACCCAAGCCUGAUAAAUUAAAAUCUGAUCCAUGGUCGCAAUUGAAUAUUUAUUUUGAAGUUGAUUGGCCCUUGCAUAUUGUAUUUCACCCAAAAAUUAUGGAGUUGUACAAUAAACUAUUUUGCUAUUUGUUAAGAUUGAAAAAAUCCGAACUUGAUUUGGCUAAGUUGUGGCAUGUCCAUCUCUGUAAUAAAAAAUCUCUUGAUUCAAGACUCUGGAAAUUUAGACACAAUUUAAUGUACUUGAUUAACACCAUUCAGUAUUAUUUACAAGUACAAGUGAUUGAAGCAGAAUUUUCUCUGCUAUUUAAAACUUUAAAAAAUGCUAAUCAAUUUGAGGACGUUGUCACUUUACAUAAUCAGUUUGUAUGCAGAUUAUUAGUGAAAACAUUAGUCUUAACUUUAGAUGAGACUGAAACAUUUGGAAAGAAAUCCAGACUGUUUAAUUUACCAUCUAAUUAUAUACACAGCAAAGUUUUUAAUGUGAUUAGUCGUUUGUUAGAACUAUGCGAUAAUUUUUGUGCUGCGGCAACACAGUGGAAGGCUGACUUAACGGAUGUAGAAGCACAUGAGCUAUCUAUAUUCCAAGAAAGAUCUGAUAAUUUAUUGGAAUCCCUGAUGUAUAUCUUACACAAUAUGGAUGAAAGAGUCAGUGGUCAUCAGUUAUUACAAUUGUUGUUACAGCUUGACUUCAAUGACUAUUUUAGCAAGAGCAAAUCAAGGAGGCACUUUGAGGAAUACUCCACAAUGAUUGUAAUAUAAUAAAUAUAAUUUAAUAAAAUAUUGAAAUGUU